AGUUGCUGAUUGGCUUUACGCAGGUAUCCAGCUAUUAUUUAUUACCCCAAAGCUUGGACGCCUCAUUUAUCCUGACCUGAUCUCACUGCAGGAUAUAUCCGUUCCCACUUUCCUCUGCACCUGGCCGCACGAAGCUGACUUUUUCAAAAUUAUCUGCUCGACAGAAAACAGGUGGUGCUGAAAAAAUGAGGAGAGGUUUGCUGCUGGUGACUCUGUUCCUUGUCAUGAAACUUCGAUACAGCCAGUCAAGAUGCGAGGAGCCCGGAUCGCGCAGAUCAACUUCCGAUCAGAACAUAGGUUUGGACACCGUCAAGCGGAACAUUCUAAAGAGGUAUAGCGAUUUGGAUUAUGACAGCUUUGUGGGUCUGAUGGGCAGAAGAAAUGCUGAUGCAAACGAUGUACAGUCACCACAAAAAAGGGAAAUGAAUGACAUUUUUGUUGGUCUUAUGGGAAGGAGAAACUCAGAGCCUGAUAAUGGUCCCUGGAGGAGAGAGUAUCCAGAGAGGAGAGGCAUUUUUCUCAACAAGUGCAGGUUGAGGUUUCUUCAAGGGCUGUAGACAUUCAUACUGAAGCAACUCUCUGGCAACAAUGACAGAAGAUCACAGAGAACACAAACAAUGAACUAAAUGUCUGAUGAAAACGACUAAAUGACUAAAUGAUGAUCAUUCUCAUUGUAAAUCUGCCAGCUGGCUUAUGAAAGUGACCAUAAACUACACAGAUUGUAUUUGUUUUCUCAGAAGACAAAACAUCAUUAGAAGUAACAGCUGAUACAUUAUAUUUCUUUAUCAUGUUAUUCUUUUUCUUCAAAGUUCAAAAUAAACAUAAUUUUUUAUACAUAAUUUAUUCAUUUAAAAUGUUGGUGCAUUUUCCUACAGCAGCGAUGGCAGUAAUGUUCAAUCACACCUGCUACAAUGUUUACUGUUGUUAUAUAAAAUGACAAGACAAGAGGGAUUCAUUCGCGUUUUGUAUAAUACUGUGUUCAUCAGAAGCUACAGUGUUCUCAAACAGAAGCACAGGGGGUUUCAAGCACGCACUUCUACAUCAGAGCAUCUCAUAUCACUCAAAGGUAAAAAGAAAAGACAUUUUCACAGCACAGUUGUUGCUUUUCUUACUGAAACAAACAUUGUAUCACUGUUGGCUGCAUUAACUAUUUAACCGCAGCAGAUUCAAAAGGAAAUUAAAAGGAAAAAUUAACUCAAAGGC